AUGGGAGGGGGAAUGAAGUCGUUCAAGGAGAAAUUCGUGGUGGUGGAUAACGAGAAGUGUGUGAAGGAGGCAGAGGUUGUGGAAGGUGGAUUUAUGGGUCUAGGGUUCACGCUGUAUCGUAUGAGAUUCCAAUUUGAUGAGGUGGGAGGGAAACGAGAAGCGUGUAUAACUCGAUCUCCGAUCGAGUACGCGCUCACAGAAGAGAGCGCAGCUAAUGGUGCAAUCGCUUCCAUUAAACCAUACAUUGGCCUAUGCUUCUCUGCUGGUCGCUGGAUCCAGACUUAUGUUUUGGACCCAUUCAGUUUUGAGCAGCAGCUUGAUCAACAGCCUGACUGCGCCUUGAGCAGCAGCAUGAUCAACUUGGCCUGCUGUGCCUUGAGCGAUGGCUUGAUCAGCAGACUUGAUCAACUCGCUUCAAGUCAGUCCACUUGUGACGGUUGA